AUGACCGAAGUUGACGAUCGAAAGACGGUUCUUAUCACCGGGUGUGCACCAGGAGGAAUUGGCCAUUCUCUUGCACUAGAAUUUCAUGCACGCGGGCUACGAGUCCUCGCCACGGCCCGCAAGACCGAACAGCUAACGAGUCUCUCGGAGAAAGGUAUUGAGACGUUGUCCUUGGUUGUCGAUAAUGAUGAGUCGAUCGUCUCCUGUAGAGAGGCUGUGGAGAGAUUGACUAAGGGCCGGGGCCUCGACUACUUAGUCAACAAUGCCGGAGUUUCGUACGUCAUGUCAGCUCUUGAUAUUGAUCUCGCCGAAGCGAAGAAGAUAUUCGAUGUCAACCUAUUCGCCAUAAUGCGUAUUGUGCAGGUCUUUUCCGGACUUCUCAUUCAGGCCAAGGGAACAAUCGUGAUGAUUGGAAGUCUUGCUGGUGUCAUUCCCUAUGUGUUUGGCAGCGUAUAUAACGCAUCCAAGGCAGCCCUGCAUGCUUACUCGAACACUCUCAGGGUCGAGCUCGCUCCCCUUGGCGUCAAAGUCAUCACGGUCGUAACCGGCGGAGUCAAAUCUCGGAUCAACUCGCACGUCACCCGCGUGCUGCCGAGAGACAGCGUCUAUACUACGGUGGAAGAGAACUAUCUGCGCCGCCAAGGUCACUCUCAAGAAGGUGCCAUGUCCAAUGAAGCAUAUGCUGCGAGCGUCGUCCGACAAGUCUUGCCUGGAGCUGGACCGUGGCCCUGGAGGUGGUUCUUGAGAGAUGCAAGGAAAAGGUGGAUCUGGGAAGGGAAUAAAUCCUGGGUGGUGUAUUUCCUUGCGGGUGGAUACACAUGGUCUGGCUUCUUCGAUUUCUACUUUACGAGGUUAUUUGAGCUCUGGAAGCUCAAUCGCCGUAGCAACAAGGAUGACUGA